AUGUGUGUGUGGAGCUCUUUCUGGGUGUUAGCAGCGGAAGCCCAUGGUGGGUUGGACGUGAUUUGUUCCCGCCCUGAACACAUUCACUGAAUGUCACUCAGUCACUGGAUUAAUACUUUUCGGAAUCAGAGUUAUAUUACUGCAGUGACACCCGCGCUCAUCCUGAUACAUUCCGGCGCGGAUCGGAACUCAUUGUUACAUUGUAACCUCGCACCUGCAGCGAUCGUGAUACAUUGUAUCCGUUGACGAUGGAGCGCUGGAAGGGGAGAGUUGCGCUGGUCACCGGAGCUUCUGUCGGGAUCGGAGCGGCUGUCGCUCGGGCUCUGGUACAGCACGGCAUGAAGGUGGUCGGAUGCGCCAGGAACGUGGACAAAAUCGAGAAGUUGGCCGCAGAGUGUCAGAGCGCGGGAUACAGCGGCACUUUGAUCCCGUAUAAAUGUGAUCUGUGUAAUGAGGAGGAGAUUCUGUCCAUGUUCUCGGCCAUUAAGACUUUACAUCAGGGAGUGGACGUGUGCAUCAACAAUGCAGGACUGGCGCACAACGAACCUCUGCUCAGCGGAAAGACAGAAGGAUGGAGGAAUAUGAUUGAUGUGAACAUACUCGCUCUCACCAUCUGCACCCGUGAGGCCUACCAGUCCAUGAAGGAAAGGAACGUGGAUGAUGGACACAUCAUCAAUAUUAACAGUAUGGGGGGACACAGGAUGGUGCCAAGCGCUGACGAACACUUUUACUGUGCCACUAAAUAUGCUGUGACCGCACUGACAGAGGGGCUGAGACAAGAGCUACGGGAAGCCAAAACACAUAUCAGAGCCACAUGUAUAUCACCUGGAAUAGUGGAAACUGAAUUUGCCUUCCGGCAUCACAACAGUGAUCCAGAAAGAGCUGCCGCUGUUUAUGAAAGCAUAAAGUGUUUGAAAGCAGAAGACAUCGCCAGUGCUGUCACAUACGUCCUCAGUGCACCUGCUCAUGUUCAGAUCGGUGACGUGCAGAUGCGGCCAGUAGAGCAAGUGUCAUAGGAACAGAAUGUCAUGCAUCAGGAGAGCCAAGUCAAAACAAGGAGUGACUGCGCCACCUGCUGGUCAAUAUGAAUAACAUCUAUUUUUAAAGAACUGUGAUUGGAUCCAAUCUGAGAAUGUGGCGCUUUUUGGGGUGAUCUGAAGAUUCGUUCUGCGCUUAAGAGCUUUAAGGAGCGAGUCAGAUAGAGAUCACCUAUGAAAACCAUAAAAAAUUUACAGAUUAACACAGUCAUCUGCUGUUGCAAAUGUAAGGGGAAACUUUUAGCUUUUUAAAGAAAAAAAAGAAACUGGAACAAAACCGAGAAGAUGUGUGUUACUGUCUGCUGUGGUCACCUGCAACCACUUACAGCAGACGAAUAUGCCAUGAAUUGCACAUAAUUGUUGUCUUUUGUAGGUCAUAUUGCAUAUCUGUUUGAGAGCGAGUGAAUUCAAAACACUGUUGCUCAAUGCCGAUAAUGAUGAUAAUUACUGGAUUCAUUUGUUUUAUUCUAACUUAUAUGUAGAUAUCAUUCUCAUACUGUAAUUACCAUGGAAUGGAUACAACUACUGUACACAGAGCUCAUUGGCUGUGAGUUUUGGAAACAAGACCAAGCGCAUGAUUUUCGUAAUGGAAGAGUCCGUUUGGUCACCGUCACACUCCGAAAAUCAUAUAAGAACCUAAUAAAUGUUGGUUUUCACGUUGAACCCAAAUGAAAAGGAUUGACACUGGCUUCAAAGUUAGUAUGGAAACACUGUAGUGAGCAUUUGAAAGAAAUAAUACUUGAAAUAAUCUAUUCUUACUGAAUAAACAUGGUGAUGAUUGUUGGUUAUU